AAGCUGGCUUUGUUUUAGGAAAUAUGCACGUGCGCAGAAUUGGGGAUUUAGGUGCUAACUUAUAGCAAACGAAUAGAUUUUAACGUAUUCAAUACAAUGUUUACGUGGUAUAAAAUGUUUUUACUUUCGUAAACGUGUAAUAAAUUAGCUAAACUUAUUAUUUGUUGUGGCUAGCUAACACUGUUUAGAAUGAUUGUUUUCUCGUCUCUGAUGUGUUCGUGUGCUCGUGCCUCACUUUCUCAGUUAAAAAUCUGGGAGCGAAUCGUUUCCAAACGAUUUUCCUUGUCUGUCCAGCGGUGUUGCUCGUCGGUAAGGUUGUUCAGUCAGACUCCUAUUUUGGAAAGUAUUUCAACAGGUGAUCAUCUCAGCUCCACGACUGACAAGUACAGGAACUUACAGAAAUACUUUGUCAGGCGACUGAAGGCGACGUACCAAAGCUUCUCUAAAAUGCCUGAUCACUCAGUGGUCUGUGGACAUCACCAUGUUUACGUCGUCAAAGAUAAUGGCAUCUACAGAGUGGACCAAAGAGAUGGUGAACGGGAGCCUGAGAACGUGGUGAAUCUCAAACAAGCGUCUAGAAAAGAAGGGAAGAGCAGAGUUGAGAAUGAGGAAAGCUUUCUGUGGACGACCCAGAGAAUACGUCUUUCUCCACAAGAGAAGCAUCUCGCCACCACCCUGAAGUCUUGUCACAAAGAAGAGCAAAUAAAGUGUGUGGUUGUCAGACUUGGAAGUAAAUCAUCUCCCCAUCGCAUCAUACAUGAGCUAGAAGGAGUCCUCAGCUUUGAGUGGGCCACAGAUGAUGUCCUGUUUUACACAACCCUGGAAGGACUACGCUCUAGCUCGGUUUUUCGUCUGGACCUGACCUCUGACGGCAGCAGAAUCACGCCUGUGUAUGAGCAAACUCAGCCUGAUGUGUUUGUUGAGGUUUCACUGUCAAGAGACCGACAGAUCCUGACCAUCAACUGCAGCAGCAGAACAAGUUCAGAAGUGCUUCUAACGAAUGUCACAGGUUUGGAGCCUUUAGUGGUUCAGCCUCGGCAGCAGGACCUCCUCUAUCAUGUGGAACACUGGAGAAAAAGCCUCAUUAUACUGACUAAUACCGGGCCUGGACAAGAAUAUCAGGUGGUGCAUGCUCCCAUGUCUGAUCCGUCCAUGAACUCUUGGGUGUCUCUGUUUGUCCCUGACCCUGACACUAUAAUCAAGGACAUGGACGUGGUUGGAGACCAUUGUGUUCUGGUUGCAAAAACUCUUUCCAAUCAAUUUUCUCUGAUUAUAAUUCCACUGACCCAUCCCAAGGAUCCAUACACUGUGCCGCUUCCUCCCUGGGCCUGUGCUUUUGAAUCUAAGAAACCAGGCUUGGCAGACCAACAAGAUGUGUUCGAUUUCUUGUUAUCGUCUCCAGUCCACCCACCUGUGCCACACGUCCUGUACCCUAAGGAAGGGCUCCUUUUAUCGGGCUCUGGAAAUGAUUCCUACCCUAACAACCAAGCCAAGUAUAUCACCACACACUUGGAAGUCUGCAGCCAGGAUGGCACCUUGGUGCCAGUGACAUUGUUUCAUGCAGCAGCAGUGGAGGACCUGAGCCAAGUUCCUUUGCUUAUUCAUGUAUAUGGAGCUUAUGGUAGGGAUCUUAACAUGGACUUUCAUCCAAUAAAAACUCUGCUGUUGGAUCAGGGCUGGGUGCUGGCCUACUGUCACAUCAGAGGUGGAGGGGAGCGCGGCCUCUCCUGGCACAGACAAGCUAGAGUAGAGGGGAAAGAGAAAGGAGUGGAGGACCUUCAGGCCUGUCUCCAUCACCUUUUCUCUUUGGGGAUCUCUUCUCCCUCACUGACUGCCCUCACAGCCUGCAGCGCUGGUGCUGUACCAGUGGGAGCACUUUGCAACAGAAACCCAAACAUGAUGCGGGCAAUCACCCUGCAGGCUCCGUUCUUGGAUGUUCUGGGAUCUAUGGAGGAUCCCAGUCUGCCUCUGACUUUAGAAGACAGAGAUGAAUGGGGCGACCCUGUAGGAAAUGUAAAACACAGACACAUCAUUGCUUCCUACUGUCCCCUUCACAACAUUACGCCUCAGCACUACCCAUCUAUGCUGCUGAGAGCCUAUAGUGGUGAUCUCAGGGUUCCUCUGGAUGGUGUCAUCAAAUACACUCGGCGUCUACAAAAAGCCACCCAGACCUACUUCAACAUGAAACUAGAGACAGAUUGUAAAGAAACACCAAAUAUAGUUCUAAAGAUCCAUCCUGGAGGGAAUCAUCUGGGACCAGAAGAUUUUGAACAGAUGCUCCAGGAGGAGGCCCUGGAGCUCGCUUUUCUACAUGCAGAACUGGGUUUGGACCCGCCCAAGCCUCAACGUAGAAGACAAGAGAUAGUAUGGCUGUCGAGAGGCAGACUGAGGACCGCAUCAAUCUGUGUUGAGUUUGAUAGAAUCUCAUAAAUGUAAAAAGGAGACUUGAAAGAACAAUCUCAGUGGUUUGUGAUCAUGACUGGUCAUUUUAAAUGAUCUCAUACAUGUUUAUAUUAGCAUUUAUAAAGUAUGUCAAUGGUCUCCAUAUAGCAGGCCUUCUCAGAGACAAAGCACUCUGCUGGAUGAUUGGGAUGAAAGCGAGUGUAGGUCGAGUACUGCAUCAUCAAGCCCUCUCCUGGUUCUGUCAGAAUACGGGAUUUCUGAAACAGUUUUCCGUCGUUGACUGGGUUGGUGCUCAUUAGCACCUUGAGAUCGGCAGGUAACUCCUGAAUGGAGGAUAAAUCUGUGGUGGCUGAUUGUUUACCAAAGUUAAUCACCAUGAGGUACGCUCGUUUGUGUCCAUCUAGCUCUCUGAGGUAAGAGAAGACAUUAGUGUCAGCCAGGAUGUAACAGAACCAUCCACGCUGAAAGGGGAGCUCUGACUGACGCAACCUGUUCAGGGAACGAUACUGAGACAGCACAGAACCUUCGUCUUUCAUUUGGGCCUGAAGGGUAGAGAACAGAUGUGAUUAAACAGGAAGUAGAUCGUCCCAGCUCUCUUUUGAAUGUUAAACUAAAAGAGUUGUUUACCUCCACAUUGACGGUUUGAUAAUCAGGAUGUACGGGUAACCAGGUGAUGUUGGUUUUAUUGUUGAAGCCUGCGUUCAUGUCACCGUUCCACUGCAUUGGAGACCUCUCAGGGUCCCGACUGGCACUCUGAGGUCAGGAACAGGAAUAAAUACAAAGUUAAUUUGUGUAUUUUCUAGUUUUGUGUGUGUCAGUAAUUAAAUUAUUCUUAUAUUAA